ACGGUGCCUUCACUGACCCUUGGUGGUUGUGACACUGCCACACAGUCGACGUGCAUGCCAAGAGGGCGGGGGAGUUUCUUUUCUUUUUUUUUUCUUUUCUUUUAUUUAUUUUUUUAAGAUUCCGCUUUGAGUCUAUACACUUCCGUGUUGCGUGUCCGCCGAGGAGGAAGUCUGAAGUGAGGCCGAUGGGCGGCAUCCGUCUGUCUUGUGACCGUUUAGAGGCGCCAGUGCCCGGGUGAAUGUCUCCUCAUGCGCUAAUGCUCCGACUGUAGCUCGUGUGACUGCUCAUCGUCCACCGCUCUCUCGUUCGGAAGGCUGUGACCCGUCCGCGGGGCCGGUUCGGCUUGUGUGGGUUCUGCGUGCUGUUCGAGACUCUCCGGUUCGCUGACUGUGACAGGCGGGUGCCGUCGGGACGCGGAAGUCGUCGCCAUUCCGAUGCCAGGUGGUGGGAUGGAACAUGGAGGCUAACUAACUAGCCACUGCGGCACUUGGACGUCAGCAUGCCAGCAGGAGUAUGUGGCUGCUGCGGGCCGCUGAGGCCACGCUACAAACGUCUGGUGGACAACAUUUUCCCCGAGGACCCCAAGGACGGUCUGAGCAAGUCUGACAUGGAGAAGCUGACCUUCUACGCCGUGUCGGCUCCAGAGAAGCUGGACCGCAUCGGGGCGUACCUGGCAGAGCGUCUCAGCCGCGACGUGGUGCGCCAUCGCUACGGGAAUGUGGUGAUCGCCAUGGAGGCUCUGGAUCAGCUGCUGAUGGCGUGCCACUCGCAGAGCAUCAAACCCUUUGUGGAGAGCUUCCUGCACAUGGUGGCCAAGCUACUGGAGUCCAGAGAACCAGACCUGCAGGUUCUGGGGACCAACUCGUUUGUGAAGUUUGCCAACAUCGAGGAGGAUACUCCAUCUUACCACCGCCGCUACGACUUCUUCGUGUCUCAGUUCAGCGCCAUGUGCCACUCUACCCACGAAGACCUGGACACCAGGAACAGGAUCCGUGUGGCGGGCAUCAAGGGGCUCCAGGGCGUGGUGCGAAAAACAGUCAACGACGAGCUGCAGGCCAUCAUCUGGGAGCCACAGCACAUGGACAAACUUAUCCCCUCCAUGCUCUUCAACAUGCAGGAUGGUGAUGACAUGGACAGGGCCGGAGUGGGACAUCCUAGCACGCCGUGCGUGUCUGGUCAGGACUGUGAUGAGAACCCAUCCACGCUGGCAGAGAGCUGCUUCAGAGAACUGCUGGGACGCGCCGCCUACGGAAAUAUGAACAAUGCCGUGAAACCAGUGCUGGUGCACCUGGACAACCAUAACCUGUGGGAGCCCAACGAGUUUGCCGUUUCCUGCUUUAGGAUCAUCAUGUACUCCAUUCAGGCGCAGCACUCUCACCAUGUCAUCCAGCAGGUCUUGGGCCACCUGGACACCCACAGCAAAAACACCCCCAGGGUACGCGCUGGCAUCGUACAGGUGCUGCUGGAGACGGUGGCCAUUGCGGCCAAAGGCUCUGUGGGAACCAUCCAAGAGUGCAGAGCAGGUGACGCACUGGAGAGUGAACCCGCCACGCCUCCCAAUCUGUGGCUCGGUCCCACGGUUCUGGAGGUGUUCAACACGCUACUCAAACACUUGAGGAUGAGCGUGGACUUGGAGCUUGGCGAGAGCUCCCGCAGAAACUCGGCCUGCAGCGCCUCGUCAGCAGGCCGUGCGAAGGAGAGCGACGAGCGCAUUGUGCAGAACGCCAUCAUUCAGACAAUCGGAUUCUUUGGGGGUAACCUGCCUGACUACCAGAGAGCUGAGGUGAUGAUGUUCAUCAUGGGCAAAGUGCCCGUCUAUGGGACACCUUGUCACACACUGGACACUGUCAAGAUUGGGCAUCAGGGCACCAAGAGGAUCCAGACCAUGCUGCUCAGCUCCCUCAUCAUGGUGACGUCGGGUUUCAAGUCCAAGUCGAUGUCGGCUGCUCUGCCGUCUCCCUUCCUGGACCCGCUCUUCUCCAUCUCGCUCAUGGAGGACAGCGAGCUGCGCCAGCUUGUGCUCGAGAUCCUGCAUAACAUCAUUGACAGACACGACAACCGCGCCAAACUCCGAGGCAUCAGGAUCAUCCCCAAUGUGGCGGCUCUGAAGAUCAAAAGAGAGAAGAUUUCCAAGCAGGACGUGGCCUUCAUGAAGAAGCACGGCCAGCAGCUGUACCGCCACAUCUACCUGGGCUGCAAGGAGGACGACAACGUGCACAAGAACUUCGAGCUGCUCUUCACCACACUCGCCGUCCUCACCAUCGAGCUGGCCAACGAGGAUGUCGUCGUCGAGCUCGUGCGCCUCGCUGUCGCGCUGCAGGACAUGGCUCUGUCCACGGAGGAGAAUUUGUCCAUGUGGCUGCGCUGUGGCGUGUUGGCCUUGGUGGCGGCCUACCUUAACUUCCUCAGCCAGAUGAUCGCCAACACCACCUUCUGCCAGCACGUCAGCAAGGUGAUCGAGCUCAGGAACAUGGAUGCUCCCUACCUACUCCCGGAGCACGUCUUCAGGGACAAGUGCUCGCUUCCCGACUCCUUGGACAAGGACGAUGCGGCGCUGUUCUUCCAGAGCGCCGACAUGGCCGACAGUCUGGCGGGGCCGGGAUACAACGCGGACAGACUCAACGUUCCGUACGUCCCGCAGGUCACAGUGCUUUACACAGUGGGAAAAAUCCUGAACAGGUGCAAACAGACGUCCAGAGGUAACCAUAGCAACUGUAGUAACCGUAGCAACAGACCACCUACACGACCUUUAGACCAAGGGUUCUCAAACUUUUGGGAUCCAGGGAGAAAUUUUACCAACAAGCCCCUCAUAAUCCAAAUAUCAAUUAAACAUAGUGACAAUUUAUACUUCGAAAUGUGAUAGAUAUUAAUGUGGAAAACAGUCCUAUUUUAACAAGGUGAAUUUAAAAAAGUAAUUAAGCUAAUAUUACUUUUAUUCGAGAAAAAUUCCUUUCUUCGUUAAAAAAUAGCACUAUUUUCCUCAAAAACAUACACACAAAAAAAAAGACUUCAUUUGGGGAUGUCUGAUUUAUGCGAUGAUGUGCAAAUAUAACAAAACGGCAUGGGGAAAGACCAAUAGUAUCAAUUUGUGAAUAAAUAUGAAAUUGCCCAUAUGUGAACAUGCAGGGCUUCAGCCCGACAGCGAUAUGUAGAUAAGGACUUUUAAAAUUCCAUCCAUCCAUCCAUUUUCUACCGCUUAUCCGAGGUCGGGUCGCGGGGGGCAGUAGCUUUAGCAGGGACGCCCAGCCUUACCUCUUCCCAGCCACUUCCUCCAGCUCUUCCUAGGGGAUGCCGAGGCGUUCCCCGGCCAGCGUGUCCUGGGUCGUCCUCGGGGUCUCCUCCCGGUGGGACGUGUCCGGAACACCUCACCCGGGAGGCGUGACCCACAGCUCGUGACCAUAGGUGACAGUAGGAACGUAGAUCAACCGGUAAAUCGAGAGCUUCGCCUUUCGGCUUCGCUCCUUCUUUACCACAACGGACCGAUACAAAGUCCUGCAGCCACUGCAGACGCUGCACGGAUCCGCCUGUUGAUCUCUCAUUCCAUUCUUCCCUCAGUCGAGAACAAGGCCCCAAGAUACUUGAGCUCCUCCACUUGGGGCAGGAUCGCAUCCCCGACCCGGAGAGGCCACGCCACCCUUUUCCGACUGAGGACCAUGGUCUCAGAUUUGGAGGUGCUGAUUCUCAUUCCAGCCGCUUCACACUCUGCUGCGAACCGCUCCAGUGAGAAUUUGCCGCUUGAUGAAGCGAACAGAACCACAUCAUCUGCAAUAAGCAGAGAUGAAAAUCUGAGGCCACCAAACCGGACCCCCUCUACGUCUCGGCUGCGCCUAGAAAUUCUGUCCAUAAAAGUCAUGAACAGAAAUCGGUGACAAAGGGCAGCCUUGGCGGAGUCCAACCCUCACCGGAAACGAGUCCAACUUACUGCCGGAUAUGCGAACCAACCUCUGACUCCGGUCCUACAGGGACCGAACAGCCCAUAUCAGUGGGUUCGGUACCCCGUACUCCCGAAGCACCCCCCCACAGGACUCCCCGAGGGACACAGUUGAACCCCUUCUCCAAGUCCACAAAACACAUGUAGACUGGUUAGGCGAACUCCCAUGCACUUCCUGACGGACCCGCCUCUCCAGUACCCCUGAAUAGACCAUACCAGGGAGACAGACGUUCCCAGCAGACCCUCACAAUACGUUUGGGCCUGCCAGGUCAGACCGGGAUCUUCCCCCACCAUCGGAGCCAACUCACCACCAGGUGGUGAUCAGUUGACAGCUCCGCCCCUCUCUUCACCCGAGUGUCCAAGACAUGCGGCCGCAAGUCCGAUGACACGUCCACAAAGUCGAUCAUCGAACUGCGACCUGUCCUGCUGCCAAGUGCACGUGUGGACACCCUUAUGCUUGAACAUGGUGUUCGUUAUGGCCAAUCCGUGAUGAGCACAGAAGUCCAAUAACAGAACACCGCUCGGGUUCUGAUCGGGGGGGCCGUUCCUCCCAAUCACGCCCUUCCAGGUCUCACUGUCAUUGCCCACGUGAAAUUGAAUACCCCCAGCAGAACGAUGUAGUCCCCAGUUGGAGCGCUCGCCAGCACCCCUUCCAAGGACUCCAAAAAGGGUGGGUACUCUGAACUGCUGUUUGGUGCAUAGGCACAAACAACAGUCAGGACCCGUCCCCCCCACCCGAAGGCGGAGGGAAGCUACCCACUCGUCCACCGGGGUGAACCCCAACGUACAGACGCCGUACAUAAAGCCCCAGACAACUUAGCUCCUAGGCUCAUUGGGACACACAAACCACUCCACCACGAUAAGGUGACAGCUCAAGGAUUAAAAUUAUACCACAUAACUUAUUGCAAUAUUUGUGCAUACCCCGAAACUAUGACUUGCAGAUGCCCGGGGAUCCGAAUUUGAGAACCACUACUUUGACGUGUUGUUUAGUGACUUCCUGUUUGCAACGCUAAUGCCGCAACAGUUUGUGCCCGCAGCUCCUGUGGACUCAUGAUGAGUAUUCGACUUCCUGUUUCUUUCACGCUGUGGUCCGAGGAACUCCUUUAGCUUGUGUUUGUGUUAGUGUCGUGGCUAAAAUGUUAGUAGAGAGCACUGCAGUAAAGAGAAUACUACGGUUAGCGUGUUAGCAACUAGCGCCCACAGGAAAGUGCUUGAGGACUUCUCUGAAUUUUGCCGUUUAUUGUUUAGACAAAUAGUUUCUGUUGUCAUGCUGUUUGUCGUGCAACCGAGGGCUUGGCUGCAACUCCUGAAACUAAAACCUACAAUUUUUUUUUUUUUUCAAGGAAAUCUGAUUUUAAUUUUUUUUUUUUCCCACGUCAUAGAGCGUCAGUUGAAUUACAAGUAAUUGAUGCUCAUUUUAAAAAGGUUUAAAAUUGCCUAUACACGAUGGCAACAAACCACGACUUAGCUCCCAAGUUAAACUCCUCAACUCACUUCAACAUAGUUUUUCAGCAACAAAACAAUGGUAAAGCACAGUGUUUGUAUCAGUGAAGCGCUUCAAUUCAAUUUCACACCAAGAUGACACGAUAGUAAUACGGUGGACUGCCGAAAAUCCGAGAAUUGACGCUCAUUAUAAUUGCCCUUGGAUCAAAUUAUUUUCUAGAAAAAAAAAAAAAGUGUAUGAAUACUGGAUCAGUCAAAAAAUAAGCGGGGCAAGAUCAGUAAAAAAAAAAUGCAAAUAAGAGGGGGAUCGGCAAAAAAAAUACCGCAAACUAUGGAUUUCCGCAAAUAAUGGGAUAGGUUCCCCCCCAAAAUCUGUGACUCGGUGUGUUUGUGAAUGCCGAAACGCAAAUAUGCGGUGGUCCACUGUAUUGCGUUGACCUGAUCACAACAACAGCAAAUAGGUGAGUUUCUCAGUGAAUAGAGGAGAGGUUGGGGGAAAAAUAAAAAUAAAAAAUAAAAAAAUAUAUAUAUAUAUAUAUCCAAGGUAAAUUCUUGAAUGCUGGCCUUCCACUAGGCUCCACUCACGCCACAUUUGACUGAAAUCUUAGCACAGCCGAGAUUUUAGCCGUGACUGCUAGCG